GUCUUUCCAUUUCUGGCUUCCCCUUGUCACCCUUUCUUAGAUUCAGAUCUGCUCAUCUCGUCUCAUCGGUAGAAUAAAACGGUCUGAGGGUAAGAGAGGAGAUAAGGACAGAGAUAGAGAAUCCAUGGCGAUCGUCUCUCCUCUUGCCAAAUACAAGCUCGUUUUCCUGGGCGACCAAUCUGUCGGGAAAACCAGUAUCAUCACCCGCUUCAUGUACGAUAAAUUCGAUAAUACAUACCAGGCUACAAUCGGCAUUGAUUUUCUGUCAAAGACAAUGUAUCUUGAAGAUCGCACUGUUCGUCUGCAGCUAUGGGAUACUGCUGGACAGGAGAGAUUUAGGAGUCUCAUUCCAAGCUACAUCAGAGAUUCCUCUGUUGCAGUAAUUGUCUAUGACGUAUCCAAUCGGCAAUCAUUUCUGAACACCUCUAAGUGGAUAGAGGAAGUACGCACAGAACGAGGCAGUGAUGUGAUUAUUGUCCUUGUUGGGAACAAGACCGAUCUAGUUGACAAGAGGCAGGUUUCAAUAGAGGAGGGAGAUAACAAAUCCCGUGACUUUGGUGUCAUGUUCAUAGAGACCAGCGCUAAAGCAGGAUUCAAUAUUAAGCCAUUAUUCCGAAAGAUUGCUGCUGCCUUGCCGGGGAUGGAGACCCUCUCCUCAACUAAACAAGAAGAUAUGGUUGAUGUGAACCUAAAGCCUACUCUAAAUUCAUCCCAUCAAGAGCAGCAAGGAGGUGGCUGUGCUUGCUAGAGCAUCACAUACAUAUAUAUAGGAGAACUAAGAGUAAUAGAAUUUGACUCAGCCACUUCCCAUGUGGAACGGUUGGAAAAGGAUAAUCUCAAGGGUCACUAGAGCUAAAUGAGACCACAGCUUACACAGAUUAAAUGCCUAUGCGGAAAUUGUUGGUUCGUUAAAUGGGAGCUUAUCACAAGUCUUGGGGCCAGAGUAAUCAUUGGUGCUGCUGCUCUGAGAUACUUAAAACGUUUAUUUGCAGUUGCAGUAGUGGUUGGUUGUGUAGUCUUUCCAAGGUUGUAUAAUGAAAUCCUCUUUUUUUUUUUU